UUUUUACCUUAAGUAACCUAUCUUAUGCAACCAUACCAAACAUAACUUAUCAUACUAAUUUGAGUGUCGCGGAUUUACAUAUAGUAUAUUACGUAUAGUCUAUGAGACCACCCUGGUUGUUUAUUUAGCAUGUGACAAAUACAUUUGAUUUGAUUUGUAUGAGGAAAUGAGUAUGUAUGUUCCCUCUCCUAAGAAGACCAAUGUUGUAUUAUUGCCAGGUUUUAUCAAUAUUGAUACAGUACAAAUCAAUAUUCCAACCGUGCCUGUUUCCCAGUAAGAGGACAAUAAUAUGACACCUGACUUCCCUAUUCAGGUGCCAAAAUGGUGAACUGCUGUGGAUUGGUAACUGUCAAGAAUGAACCAGUACCUCUGAAGAGUAUUGCUGUGGAGGUGAGUGUCCAGGGGCAUGUAGCCACUGUGAGCUCCACUCUGCAGUAUGAGAACCAGGAGGAGAGUCCUCUGGAGGCCAUCUUUGUUUUCCCUCUACCAGGAGAGGCUGCUGUCUGCAAGUUCAGCGCCAAGAUAGGACAGACUGAGGUGGUGGCUGAGGUUCAGGAGAAACAGAAGGCGCGGGAGCAGUAUGAUGAUUUGUUGAGCUCGGGCCAGCAGGCCUUCCUAUUGGAGGAGAGUGAUGAGAGCCCGGAUGUGUUCAAGCUGAGUGUUGGUAGUCUGCCUCCAGGGGAGAAGGCCUCUGUCAGCCUGGACUAUGUGACAGAGCUGGCUGUACAGGCUGACGAUGGCCUGAGGCUCUGCCUUCCAGCUGUGCUCAACCCCCGCUAUCAACCCCAGGGGUCAGACAGUGGUAGUAGUGGCAGUGCCUUGGUUUCCUCGGUGCCCACUGGUCCUGUGCCCUACAGUCUGUCCCUCAGUGCCCGAGUGUCGUCCCUUCAUCCCAUCUGUAGAGUAGAGUCCAACUGUCCCCUGGACCCGCUCAACUACCUCAACACAGAGAAAACCCAAGCCACGGUCAGUCUGGCUGCAGGUCAUCAGUUUGACCGGGACGUUGAGUUGUUGUUGUAUUACCAAGACACCCAUCAGCCUACUGCUACAGUAGAGGCAGCACAGGCUUCUGCCAAGCCAGGCUCUCUGAUGGGCGACCCAGUGGUCAUGCUGAGCCUGUACCCAGAGUUCCCCAACGAUGUGAUGUCAUCGAUGACCUCACUCGGGGAAUUCCUUUUUGUUGUGGAUCGCUCUGGCAGCAUGUCAUGCCAAAUGCACAAUGGGGCUGUGGCUCAGGACCGCAUUGGCAGUGCCAGGGAUACUCUGCUGCUCUUGCUAAAAAGCCUGCCAAUGGGCUGCUACUUCAACAUCAUCGGUUUUGGGUCCAGAUAUGAGUCCUUCUUUCCGAAGGGUGCACGGCAGUCCUUCUUGUGGGCUCUAGAAAGAGGCCCGAGUUCCCGACUUGGAAUAACCAUUCAGUUUUUUCCCCAGAGUUCCCAGUUGUCUUGAACGCGGCAGAAGUCAUGCUGGAUUGACCGCAUGGCCAAUGUAUUAAAAUUUUACCAAUUGGAUAUCACACAAAAUUGGAAGCCAACUGCACCAAUGUGUCAGUGGAAACCCUGUUGAACUGACGACUGCAGUCAGCUCGCAGGCGCCCGGCACGAGGAGUCGCUAGAGCACAAGGAGACAAGGAAAUCCCGGCCGGCCAAACCCUCCCCUAAUCCGGACGACAUGGAGUCAAUUGUUCAAUCCGUCCCAUGGGUCUCCCGGUCACGGCCGGUUGUGACACAGCCUGGGGUCGAACCUGAGGCUGCAGUUGCGCAGUUGAAUUUGCAAUUUCCAACUUGUUGUGUAAUGUGUGUCCAAUGUGCACCGAUAUGUUUUAUCUAUAAUUUCUCAUAUGACAAAGUGUCGUGAUGAUGCUAUCAGUAAUAUGAUGACAUGCUAUUUAUCAAAUAAUUAACUGUAAUUAUUACUUGAUUUUAAAUUAAUAAAGUAACAAUU